CCCGACAACGGGCCGUCGUGCGCGAGCUUCGCUCGAGUACGCUCACGAUUAGCUCACGUCCGCUCUCCACCUUAUCGUGACUUCGCGUCGCCUCGUUGUGUAGCUUCUCGCGAACCUGACGAAUACCGUAAAUCGCCGUCGAGGAAAGCCGGACCGGAAGCGAUACCGCAGGAGGUCGUCGUGCUCGCUUCGAGACACGACACGGGCGAAACGCGCCGCUUGCCAGCGUCGAUGAGAGAACGAAAUCGUCGAGCCACGGAGGGAUCUCUGAGUGCGAGGAUGAACUGCGCUCGACUCUCGGUCGCGCCUGGCGAAAUGUGAGGAUCCCGCCGAUCCACGAUUACGAUCGACUCGGCAGGGAAAUCCGGAACGGCGCGAAGAGGGAACGCGCGCGCGCUCGUGUCUCGGGUUCUUCAAUGCGGAGGGCGCGCCGUCAACAUGUUCGCGUGUCUGUGGAACUUCUUCGACUGGCUCGACCAGCCGGUGACCAACUCGACGCCCGGGAUGGACAACAAGAAGAUUGUCCAGUCUCCCACGCCGCCCGUACCCGUCCAGGUACGUAGUAAGCACGAUGGCUCGGGGGUGGCGGCUUCUGUGUCGGGGGUGCGUAGACGAAGCGGCCCUCAAGGGCUGCGCUCGCCCGCCGCGAAAAGACCCCUCUCCGCCCCCGUUGCGCUUCAGGGCUGGUUGCACAAGCAGGGCUCGGAGGGUCUCAUGCUCUGGAAGAAACGUUGGUUCGUGCUCUCCGAGUACUGCCUCUUUUAUUACAAAGGUCCGGAAGAGGAGAAACUGCUAGGUUCGAUAUUACUACCUUCGUACCGUGUCACCGUGUGCAAACCCGAGGACAAAGUCAACAAGAAGUUCGCCUUCAAGGCCGAACACGCGAACAUGAGGACUUACCACUUCGCAGCCGACAGUCGCGAGAGCAUGAAUCAGUGGGUGAACGCGCUGACUUUGGCGACUCUUCUGCAGGAUCCCAGCCCUGGCGCGGGCGAGGCCGCGGUGGUGAUCGAGAUAGCCGGGCAGCAGGACGGCGAGCGGAGCGCCCGGCCGAGCGUCUCCUCGAUCUCGUCGAUCCUGAACCAGAGCGCGGACGACAGCGACUCCGGCUUCCACGGGUUCCAGUCGCGCGACGACCCCAGCCACGCGUCCAACAACAACUCCAGCCCGAACAGCGCGAACACCGCCUCAUUCCCGAACCUGAGCGGCAGUAACAGCAACGGCAACCACGCGAGCGAGUCGUCGCAUCCGCUGAUGAACGGCUGGAUCCAGCAGCCCGGCACCUCGCAGCCUCCCGCGGCGCAGCAUCACGCCCAGCAAUACGGCCACUUGCCGGGCCACUCGCACCAGCACCAGGCGCUGCUGCACCUCUCGCACAAGCACGCGGGCCAGCAACCGGCGCCGCAACCGCAGCACGUCGUCGUCGGUGGCGCGCAGCCGUUGUCUCGCAAAUUCGGACAGCCGAUCUACGCGAACGCGCCGCCGAAACCUCGGAGACUGACCGACGGCUCCAACGAGUACUCGACGCCGUCGCCGGACGCGGAUUACCGGAAGAGUCCGGUCUCGCCCGACGUCACGGUGACCAGCAAGAGCCCGAUGUCCGACUACGAGAGCGGCCGUAAUGCGAUCUACGCCGCGCGGAUCAAUCAGCCGUCGCAGCAGAGCCUGCGCACGGACAAGUCCGGCCUGAACUACGGAUACGGGCAGACCCAGCCGACCGAGAGGAGGACCCCGGACACGUACGGCCGCAGCGCGAAGCCCAGAACCGGCCGGGGGAACGGCGACUACGAGGAGGUCUACGGCACGCCGCAGCUCUACCAGAGGCCGGCCGGACCGGUCGGCUAUACGAAGGGCACCUCGCCGGCGCCCAUCCCCAUCCCCCUCUACGCAGCGCAGCAGCAGAUGCACUCGCCCGUAGCGCCGCCGAACGUGUCGAUGGCGAGACAAUCCAGAGGUCAACCGCCGCCGCGGCCGCACAGCGCGGACUUCCUCGAGUACGAGGCGGCGAGGAGGCCGCAGCAGCAACCCGCGCCGUGCGAGAAACUCCCGAAUCAGCAGAGGCGUCCGCAGAGGCCUAAGUCCAGCUUAGACAUAGUGAAUCCGUCGGACACCACCAACGACGGCUACUUCUACUCCGAGGAGAGGUACGCGGCGCAGAUGCGACAGUCCGCGGUCUACCUGCACCAGACGCCGCAGCAUUACCAGCAGCAGCAGCGGAAUCAGUCCCUGUCGCGCGUCACGAUGCAGCCGAAACUGCCUGGUAUCCGCGACAAGCCCGACGAAGGCCGAAUAUCCACGCUACCGGCGGACUCGUCGUCGGCGUGUCCCGCGCUGAGGCGCUCGCAGCGAGAUCACGUUCAUCAGCAGCACACGAUGCCCGCUCAGUCGCUGACGCAGAGACAUUCCGAGAUAAUGGGCGGCGAUCCGAAGCUGCGGCGAUCGCUGCGCGAGAAGAGCUGCGAGGCGAACGGCGAGGACAAGACGGUGCCGCGGAGAGUGUUGCCGCGCGAGUACGACGCCGGGUGGGGAAGAGCGGGGGGCCACGGCGCUCACAUCUCUCAGACGUGUCACGCCGGUUACGCGGCCGGUGGCAGCAGACGAUGGAGCGAGCAGCAGCAGCAGUUCUGUAGAUCGGCCUCGGCGCGUCUACCGAGGACACGGCAUCCAGCCGCCCUCGACCCGGACGACGACGACUACGCGGAGAGGUCCUCCGAGCAGGACUCGCGGGAUGGCGAGCGCAAGAUUCAGCAGCGCGAAGAGUCGAUGAAGCGGCUGCUGGAGUGGAAGCAGCGCAUGCUGCAGUCACCGCUGACGCGUAAGCCGUCCGGCUCGGCCAGCCGGGGCAGGGCGCAGAACGACCUCUCGAGUUACUACAAGCAACAGGCGUUGCUGGAUCUGGCGGCGCACGAGGCCGCCGUGGCGGAAGGCCGUCACUCGCGGAGGCGGGAGGACGGGCAUCGCUCGCACGUCAGGAGCAAAAGCUCGGACGGCCGGCGGACCGCCGCCGCCAACGUGCCGCGUUACAACAGCUACUCCAGCGAUGACGAAGAGCUGGGGGAUGUCCGGAGGAAGCGUACGCGCAGACCUUCGCAUGCAGGAAGGAGCCCCCGACACGCCGGCGACGACCGGUCAUCGGCCGUCCAGGAGUUACCCGCCGGCCGAGCGCUUAACGCUCGCUGCAAAGCGGCGGGGGGAGGAGGCGCGCGCUCCUCCUUGGGCGGCAUACCGCCGGACGCGGGUUACGACGAGGUCAGCUUCCCGCCGCCGCCGAUGAGAAGCGAGUACGCGCCGGCAGGCGACAAGCAGGAGAGCGCGCUCGAGGAAUCCGCGAACCGAGCGAAGAACGCCUCGAGGAAACCGCUGGGGAUCCUGAAGACGACGACGACGACGACGACGACGUCGUCGUCUCAGCAAUUCAGGCCGGACAGUGUGUGCGGUUAUCGCACGGCGAGCGAGACCUGGGGCCACGUCUCGAAGAACGUGCAGUGGGACGCGAAGGACGACGAGUGGGAUCCCGGCAUCGACGAGAGCAAGGUGGUCAAGGAGUUCUCUUAUCAGUACAUCAAGCCGAAGGAGGCGGACGAGACGAUGAACCUGGUGCAGUGCCGCAUCCGCUCGUUCGAGAUGAGCAUCGACGGUGGCAGCAGCCCCGUGAGAGAGAUCCUGUCGAUGCAAGAGCCGCUGAAGAUCUCGCCGCUGCAGGCGACCGAGGCUCACGUCUCGAAGCUGGAGUGCGCGAACAGGAGCAGCCCGUCCGUCAUACGCAGCUUCGCGUUGGGCGAAGAGGGCGGCCGGCACGCCAAGCAGGCCUCGACCGACAGCAACAAGUCGGUGAAGGACCUCCUGGCGAACUUCGAGCGGAAGUCGCAGCAGGCCGGCGGCCGGCGGAAGCCGAGCGCCGAGAGCGAGAAGUCGUCGAAGGAGAGGGACGCGGAGGAGGACAGCUCCUCCGAGCCGACAGACAGCCCGCCGCCGGCCGCCGCCGUCUCCUCGACGGAGUCCUCGCUGACUCGCAAGCAGCAGGACGACGUCAACACCGAGGACCACUACCUCCCCAUGUCGCCCAGGAAGGCCAUACUCGACCCGAACUGCGACGACCGGCCGAAUCCGAAGAUAAUGGAGAGCCUGUUCGCCAAUCUGGAGCACGAGGAGAGCUCGUACGUGGAGAUGGCGCAGAACGGGAUGGCUCGCUCGCUGUUGGCGCCGAACGAGGACGGGAAGCGCGACUCCGGCGACUACUCCACGCUGGACGCCUCGCACUACGAGUUCGUCUGCGUGUCGGACAGCAAGAUGGAGCCGGUGUACAUGGAGGUGAGUCAGCUGUCGGAGAAGGGGGAGGAGGGGGGCGCGAGCGAGGCGCACCACCGGGCCGAGCUGCCCGACAUCCUGACCGCGCUCAAGUCCGACAGUUCCGACGCCGACGACGAGUCGUCGAAGGACCUGGACUCGAUCGACGCGCCCCGGCAUCCGCGAUUCAGCCUGUCCGACACCUUCCGGCCGGCGUCCUAUUACCUGGGCGCCAGCCGCAACCUGAUCGCCGAGCUGCACGACUCGUCGGACAGCGAGCUGGUCUCCCCGCCGCCGAUACCGACCUCCCCGCCGCCCCUGGACGACCUGGACUCGCUGGAGAUGCAGAAGGUGGCCGCCGAGGCGGGACCGAGCCGGGAAGCGCACAGACCGCCGUCGCGCUUCUCGGACGCGACCGUCAGCUCCACCUUCCGCGACAGCAGGAUCUCGCUGGAGAGCGCGUCGGGCAGCGACACGGCGGCCGAGCUGCGGAACGACGAGGAAAGGCACCGGCGGCUGAAGAGGAGGCCGGUCAGCGACGACGUGUGCGGCGCCCUCGACAGCCUCGACGAGUACGAGUCGCUGGGCAGCCGCUUCGACGGCGCGAGCAUCGACCUGGACCGGUACCUGGAGGAGCUGCAGGCGAGGGACGCGUUCAACGUCGACCUCUACGCGAAGGAUCUCAGCUACAACAGCAUCUACGGCUUCAACGAGAACAUGCUGGUGGUGGACAAGCUGCAGAAGACGACCGCGUGCCAGGAGCUCUCGAGGAAGAUCAACCUGGACCGGCCGUUCGGCUGCAAGAACAAGACCGGCUCCGCGAGCAGCCUGCCCUCCAUGAGAGUGUCCGACCUGCCGCCCUCCCACCAGCACUCGCAGUCCUUCACCGGGGACGCGCACUACGAGAACGUCGCGAGGUUCUCGCCGCUCCGCGGCUCCCCGGCGGUCCGGCCCGACAGCGAGCCGCCGCCGCCGCCCCCCCAGUGCGUCUCCCACAGCAGGGAGUCCAGCGGCUACUCGCUCGCCUCCAUGGCGUGCCAGAGGCCGGCCAGCGCCCGGUCCUCCUCCGUGCAAUCGCCCGUCACCUUCGUGUCGGAGCAGCGCCGCUUCCCGAGCCACUCUCGCUCCGCCAGCCACGAGUGCGUGCGGCACACGCUGCUGAUGCCGCCGCACCAUCGAUCCACCUCGAGCCAGGACUCGAGCCACUACCCGCUGCCGGCGCGGAGCAAGUCGUACUUGCCGAACGAGCAACGCGCGCCGCCGAGCGCCGACCAAUCCGGCGCGCCCUAUUACUAUUCCGACCUGCAGGCCAACGCGGACGCCGAACCGGCCAAGCCGAUCGGCCACACCUCGCGGCUGCCCCAGCUGAACAAUCAGCGGGACGACGCGAGCGGGCCGAACAAGAGGAACGACAUCGGCCGCAUCGUGAAUCCGAUCGCGCGGCAGAUGCCCAGGCAGAUCCGGGUGGACGACAUCGACGAGGCGAGACGCAUCGCCGCCGAGCUGAGGCGCACCACCUGCCAGUUGCUGGCCGACGACAAGGCCGCCCUGGUGGACAAGAGGAACUUCUACGAGGCGGACACGCUGCGCCGCGUCAAGUCGACCGAUCCUCUCUCGGAGGUGAACGCCAGGAACUUGUACCCCCACGGUCUCAGGGACAAGUCCGCCGAGCCGGCCGCCGACCUCGCCGAGUCGACGACGCACGUCGUCGCGCAGACGUCUCAUCGCAGGUCCAGGUCGCUCGAGGGAUUGCUGGACGACGUCGGCCUGCAGAAUCUGGUCGAGCAGCGGAACCGAGCGGCGGCGGCCGCCGCCGCCUCGGCCAGCAGCCAGGUCGAGGCGCCCCCCCAGGAUCUCGCCGCGUCGACCGAUGAGCACGCGGCAGCGAGCGACGGCAGUUUCCACCAGGAGGACCCCUGGGAGCAGGACACCCUCUGGUUCGAGAGCCUCCGGAGGGUGAGCCUGCGAAACGCCCGGUCGUUGGACAACCUGGACAGUCCGCCGAGAGCAGGCGGAUCCAAGUCGGCGCGUGGCAGGAUCACCCGGGGUGUCACCUACGUGAACGACAGCGUAGCGCUGCGCAGGGAUAAUUGCGCGGAGGAGCGGCCGCGAGUUAAACGCAGGACGAACAAGGAACGAACGGUGUCGGACGAGGACGAGGAUGUCGACGCGAGCCUGUCGAUGGAGCGCGUCGGCGCGGCCGGCUACGUGUGGGACCCGCAGAACGAAGCCUACCACCGGAAGCCCGGGACGGCGGUCGACGCGACGAAUCAUUUUUUAGAAGACGGCAACCUUCCCCCGGCUCGCUCGAUAUCGGACGCCCGAGUGUCCGCGGCGUCGUUCGAGCUCGACCGAGAGAAGCUCCGCCAAUGGGACUUGUUGUCGAGCGCCUGCUUACUCCAGGAGCAGCAGCAGCAGCAGCGCGACUCGAUAGCGGACUCGGGGCGAGGGUUGCCGGAACAUCCCGGAGACGCGCUCGAUUCAAGGCGCGUCGCGACGACGACGACGACGACGACGGAUACGGCGAUCGACAACGAGCGAUUAGACGUUAUCGUAAAGCCGCUCGAUACCGCGGACGUGCGCGAUGUCUUGCCGACGAGGACGAUGCCGGCCAAGAAGGUGCAGGAGCCGAGUAAACGGGCUGCAGCGUCCGGCUCGGGCUCCGUGAUAGGAAGGGACCCGCUUCCGCCGAGGGCCGUCAGCACGUCUCAUCUGCCUCAAAGAACGCUGACUCAACCGCCGACGGUGGUGUCUACUCUUCCGUUACCGAGAAGCAGCACCGCCGGCCAUCGGCAGCAACCGCUUCCGCUCCAUCACUCGACUCCGCAGCACCAAUCUAUGAGACAGCUGGAGGACGAGCCCGCCACCUCGCAGAUGCUUAGGGCCGCCAGCAACGGCGACAUCGGCAGAGGAGUGCCCGGCGUGGUUACCGGCAACGAAAUCAAAGACCUGAAGUUAGCAUCGCCGGUCGGUCAUUCUCAGCGAUUGAUCAGCCCAGUCGGACACUUGCGGGUCGCCUCGUUAAAUGACCAUCGUGUUUCCAGUCCCAGCGACAGCGAGAUACGCGUGCACAGUCCAAGCGAGAGAAAAAUGAUCAGCCCGAUCAGCAGGGAAGUCGACCGCGGCGGAGGCGCGACGACAGGUCCGAGGCAAGGCCAGCAGCAACGGACGCGGGACUGCAACGAGCUGCUGCAUAAAAGGAGUAACGUCAGCUCCCAGAGAGCGGAUACCGGCGGCAGGGUGACGCAAGCUGGCGCUUCCGGGCUGGUGCGCGUGUCCGCCGGCGAGCUGCUCGGCAGGACCCACGAGGAAUUGGUGCUGCUGCUGAUCCAACUGCGACGGCAGAACGCGACGGUCCUCAAGGCGAUGGAGACGUGCCACAUGGAGAUCGAGGCGCAGGCUAGACUGGCGGAGCUCGAAACGCCGCGACGGUUGGAGAACCUUCAGAAGCUCGAGGAACUCAAGAGACACCUCAUGGAUCUCGAGAAGCAGUACGAGAAGAGCAAGCCUCUGGUGAACCUCGUGGACAACAUGGUGAAGUUGGGCUCCCUGUACAACCGUAACACUGCCAACGGGACCACCAGCAACGUUUCCGGUUCUCGUCACGACCUGAUGCACGAAAAUGCGAGGGAUCAUCGCGACCGUCUGGAGUUCAACCAGAGGGUGCAGGAGCAACGGCUGCUGGCGGAGGAGCGCAGGGACUGGGACCGACUGAGCCCGGAUCACGGACAGUUACAGGCCAAAGUGCAGCAGCUUUACAAACUGGAUCGAUUGCUCCAGGAAGAAUCCGGCACGCUGCACAGUCUCCAACAAGACAAGGAAAUACUGGAGAAGGCUCUCGGCGGGUUGCGGCAUAAACUGCAAGGCAGCAGAAGCAAUUUGGCCGAGGCCGAGCGAUAUCGGAAGCAGCAGCUCUUGCUAGAGCGCGAACUGAGCAGGGUGCGGGUGCUGCUCGCUCACAACUCGAAGAAACUCGAGGAGACGGUGGCCGAGAACGCGAGGUUGGAGCAGGAUUUGGUGGUGCUCAGGCAAAAGCUGCAGGCAUCCCGAAGAUACGCCGGUAAUAUCGCGCGAGACACCUCGAGUACUACAGCGCCGUUGGAAGCGGAACUGAGACGAGUACAACAACUCGUAGGUGAUCUGCAGAGACAGCGGAAGGAGCUGAGCAUUCAAGUUCGCCAAUUGACGGAGAAGUCUCACAGUUUGGUGCAGCAAAUACGUCCGCAACCGGCGCACGCUCCGCAAGUGCAUCAUCCGAAGAAACGCACGCAGAACUCCUGGCUGGAGACCGACCUGGAUUCCGGAAUAACCCUGGACCAUGGCCUGGACUCGUCAUCGAGCCCGCCUUUGUCCGCCUCACCCCCUAGCAAGCAUGACAGUCCUCAUCAGCGCUACGGCUCCCCUACGCAAUACAAGGACGCAUCGCCGUUGAAUCGCCAGCCGAAUCAGCCAGCCUACGUGCAGCCCCCGCAGAAUCACAUAUCGGCACUGUCACCGAAACUGCGCGAGCAGAUCCAGCAACACCAACUGAAGCAACAAUUGCUGAAGGACCAGAUGCAGGGCAAGGGCAGCACGAUUCAAGUGGCACCUCUCUACGUUAACACGGACUCCAGGGUGGCAGGCGACUACAUUGCCGACACGAGCAAGCACAACGGAAGCGUGCUGAACGGAGCGCCGAAUCCAGCACCGGAAUAUAUUCCGCCACCGCCGCCGCCUCCCUUGAGCGAGGAAGCAUUGUUGUUGAACGACAAUUACAGGCAAAACGAGGACAACAAAUUCGCCGGAUUAAUGCACAAUCGCGAGAAGCAAGAGAUCAAGACGGUGCGUAUUGUGAAACGCGAGUCGGAGAGACGACAGAGGGACCGCGGCGACAGGAUCGGCAACCUCGGGAUCCCCUUGACAAACGGUCUUCAGGCGCCGGGUGGCGCGAAGAGACUAUGCGACGAUGACUUGGGAGGCUCCCAAAAGUUCGAGAAAGCUCAACUGGGCAGAGUAGUGGAGGAGUCGCCGAUCGUCCACGCUCAGAGCACAGUUCAGCUGUCCGAGCUGGACGACGUACAGUUCCAAAGAAGCAUGUCCCUACCGCGUGGCUUCGGCGGGCAGAAGCAGCACUCCGGAGUGCACUACGGGCCGGUGGUGCCGCCGCCUCGCAGCGACAGCAUGCACGCCCUGAGGAGUAUGAUGGCACGACGGCACAAAAUCAGGUUCGAAAGUCACGACGGCAGCUCCGAUAGCACUUUGUCACCGUACACGGACAGUACGACGUCGAGCUCUCACGUGCCGAUGAGCUCGCCCAACUACUCCACCACGUCGUCGUACAGCCCGAGUCAGAAUCCGAGCUACCUGCCGCAAACGGUCGCAGUCCAGCCACACCAUUAUUACAACCCGGUCGGACCGUACCGGCAUUACGACGGUGCGGCCUCGUCGAUCAGGGCAGCCGGUACUCUCGCGAUGAGCCCCGAGCUAACGUCGCCGGCCAACGUCGGCACGCAUGAGAGACCGGCGACGACGACGACGACGGCCGCCGCCUUAAGCGUGCCGGGCACGAAGAUGUCGUCUGAGUCGCCGCAGCUGUCGCCGGUGUACAAGAGCGAAGCUGCCAAGCAAAUAAUCAAAGAGAUGACGGAGAAGAGGGUGGAGGGGCCACGACGAAGACAGAUCCCGCGGGAGAAGAGGCGGCACUACACUGUGUCUAGUAGCAAACCGGUGCUCGACUUAGAGGACACUUUCUCGAAGAUGGGCAUGGGCAGAGCCAGGGACGAUCUGGACAUGGAGAGAGCGCUGAGGCCGCGAAUAAACGCUCCCGACGUCGUGCGGUCAACGUUGAGCCAUAAGGAGCUCAAGUACAACGAGAGCACCAUAGACCAGCUGUUGGGCACGCCCAACAAAAUUGUCAUCCCCGAGCGAUACAUCCCCGAACAGACGCCGGAAUUAACAGCGGAAGAACAAGAGCAACGUUUGAAGAAGGCGGAGGCGAUUAGGAAGAUGCUCUCAGAAACAACUGUGACCGCUCCGGAAGGAGGUGACGACGAGUCCAACGUGGAAAAGUCAGACACCUUAAAGCGAAAAGUGGUGGAAGAGAAGCGGCAGCGGGAGCACAUUCUUCAGCUGAAUCAGAUAUUAGCGAAGCAAGUGAUGGAGAAAAGCAAAAUGGUAGCGGUGAAAGCUCUGGCAACGCUACCCCUGAAAACCGAGUCGAGCUUAGACGACGAGGACCUUUCGCCCGUGGCUCCCUUGCCGCUUUAUCAGCAAAGAGAGAACUACUACUCGUAAGCUGCUCCUAAGAGCGCGAGGAACACUACUGCCAAUACGAGGACGAGCAAGCGAGAGAUCACGGAGGAGGAACACUCCUUUCCGACACUUCUUAGUUAAGAGGCGUGCGGAACUCGUGCAAUAUACACACACACACACACAUACACACCGAGAAAGUCCUUUCCACCUUGCAUUUCGAGAGAUAUGUAUAUAAUCAUCGACGAUAAAUAAAACGAUAAGUAGCUGUCAUAUUCGUUGAACGGUUAAGAGCUCUCGCGAACUGACACAACGUUGAGUAACGCGCACGAGAGAGAGAGAGAGAGAGAGAGAGUGAACGUCGCCUCAAGCGCGCGGAUCCGUGCGACACAAAAGAAGAGCGAAAAAAAGUCGUACGCAUUAUAUCGGACUGCGAGAGCGAGCUCAUUGUCUUUUCGAACCUCUGGAAAAAUUCACGACCUCGCGACGACGAUUGAUUGUCCAUUUUUUUACCGACCCUUUACAUUCGGCGAGUUUAAGCGAGCGACACUACGCCGUAACCCUCGCCGGCGAGCGAUGUUCCACGAAACACGGAAACAUCGCCCGUGCGCGAUUUCGGAAACCUUUUUACACGCGUCUCUUCGCACAACCGAAAGUUCUUUACGAGUCGUGUUUUACGAGUCAACGUGUGUAUUUACAAGUGUAAUUUACAAGAGAUAUGCGCUCUCUCGACUGAUGAGGAUCUGAUUUGGAUAUCAUCGCGCGAUCUCGUUUUCAAAAUCAUUUUCACGCGAAGCGAAAGAAACUUUUAUAUCGAGCGACGAGAAAUAUCGCGUCACCAAAGUCUGAGCGAAGUAAUAAACCCGUAGAUUUAACGGUGCGCGCGGACGAACUCGUCAUUUUAGCGACGACGAGAUAACUUAUAUAUUUCGGCUCGAUCGUACACACGAGUCGCAAGUUGGGGGCGAGAAAGAGAAGAAGUUACGCACGCGAGAGGUAUAAAUAUAAGGAAAACACACAUAUACACACACAUAGACACAGGCGAGACGCUCCCUCCGCACUCUUAAGAUGUCGAACACGCUAAAAGAUCGAGCCUCGAAGUAGAGAUUUUACUCGCCGAAAACUCGAUAACGGAUAAAGGAGAAGGUGCGCCCGAAUCCGAAGGAUUCGCCGCCGAGGACGCGCACGAGGAGAUUACCGAGAUAAACUAGAUUGUAAGGAAACGCAUGAUACAUACGCUUGUGAAGCGCCCGUUAUUGUUAGCGUUAUAUACGAUUUUUCACGGGCCAUUUUAUAGCAUGGCAUCUUAAUGUUUAGAGCAGAGCUGUGUAAUGGAGAGUCGUGACGGUGGUGAUGUGUGCCAAAUAUCCCGGAUCGCGGCGACAAGCGGCGAAAUUGAUCGUCGAUUAACGGAUCGCCGCGUUGUCGUUGAGAUCGGGACGGAAGAACGAGAACCGUGUGAACACCGCGGGAACGUACGCGCGUUUAAUGAGGCGUUUACUGCAAAAGGAAAUCGCAAUCGUGUCACACACAUCGGUGUCUCGUUCGAGCGUUCGCUCAGUCCGGUCGAAUUUCAUCCGAACUUCGAGACAGAUUCAGGACCUCCUGCACGGAAAACGUCCGCAAUGCUUUAAGUUACGUUAAAGUACUGGCCUUAAGCGCAGCUUAUGCUUAGCAGUAAACUUACGUCAGCGCAACGAAGAAAAUCUUAACGUAAUUAUGUAUGAUUAGGAAGGUCAUUCAUAAAGUUCCUCUAUAAAUUCUCCAUAGAUCACGUCUGACGAAAAUCUUGAUUAAGCUAUUUCGUUCCUACAUAGAAACAACAAAUUUACCCAUCUUCAAACAUUUUUCGUCCACGAUAAAGGUAGAUUCUAGUCGAGAUUUGGUUAUUGACAUAUAAUUUGGACUUUCGUCUUUCAGAUAAUAAUUUCACCUGCUUACCACCCAUCGCCGGCGUAGGGCCUUAGUACUUAACGUAACUUAACUUCGCGUUGCGCACACUUCUGUGCGGAAGUCUUCAAUCCCGUCGUUGACGUAGCUCGGGCUACGUCGGAAUUAUCGGGAUGAGUGUCGUCUUCCUUGUCGUCAAACGACAAGGAAGAAUUCGUACCGUGUGAGUGUCAAUUGGAUCCCUUUAAUCUCCGAGCGAAUUUCACCAGCGAUUUCAUUCGAACAUCCGCGAACGAAGGUACGAGGUUCCGAUUAGGCUCGAUCGGCCUGAGCUUUUUGAUCGGUGAGUCAGUUCGGUCAGACCGGGCCUACGUCAAGGUAUUAUUUCGUCGAUCACUACACCCCCCUCUAGCAUCAACUUUUCUUUUCUUAUACUUUGUUUUCGAGAAAUGUUCUUAAAUGUGAUGUUUCCGCUUGUGCGCUCGCUUGUAUAGCUAACGUUACAGGUACGUUCGUAGAGAUUAAUUUCGAAUUAUUAACCCUUCGGUGGUAUGAAACAUUCACGAUCAGUCUCUCUGCCUGACACUCGCUCUCUACGUUGAGGCGCAAAAUAUUCGUAAUUUAUUGCAUCUCCUAACAACUUCCCGCGUAAUAAUUCGUAUAGAUAUAGGCGUUAUACAUAAAUUUAUUUAAGUUCACUUUUGUGAUUCGUUCAUCAGAAAAGAGAAUCCUUUUCGAGCUACUGUCGACGAAAGAAUUGCAAAAGCGACAGCCACCGAACGGUUAAUAAUAAUAAUAAUAAUAAUAACAAUAAGAAUAAAAUAAUAAUAAAAGCGAGGUGGAGGCGAUCCUCCAUUCCUCCAGGUGGCACAAGACGUUCCUAGGGUCAUCCUGAAUAUGCCUAGAAUGUUCUAAAGAAAUGUCUUAGAACAUCUUAAAUGCAUUCAAGGUGGCCUCAGAGCCUCAGUGCUGUCUGGGCUUUACAAUCACUUACGGCACCAAACAGUGAAGAAACCAAUUAUUUCUCAGAAACGGUAGACUCACCCCCCGAGCGUCCAUGAGACUCCAUUCCUGGUGCUGGAGGAAUGAUGAUAUUGAGGAUGCUGAUGAUGGAUAACCGGCGUCCCCUUGAGUGUCCUUUCCCCCUUCUUUUGUGGAUAUCUCACUUGGCGCACAGUAUCUUUCUCGCGAAUUAGCAGGCGAAUUCUACGCAUUCGCCGACACUCGCGCGACAAACCACCCUCCCUCCCCCCCCCUUUCCGCGCGACGAGUUCUCAACGAUAGUUUUUAUAAUCCGACGAUAAUCCGCGCGCGACACGACGUCGCGGGACACACACCACACACAUACAGAGCGAGAUCGUCACGGUGCGGCACGUAAGCCCACAAUUAUUGUACAUAUAAUCGUGUACGCGACGAAACGACGCGAGAUCGGAGGAACGAACGGCUGCCUCUUCGCGAUCGCGUCGUGAACUGAAGUACGCGCCACGUCGAGUACCGACGUCGAGAAUCGCAAGCGGGCGGGCGGGCAAGCGAGCGAGCGGUCGAUCGAUCGAUCGUUGACGCGCGAUCGAUAUCGUUUCGUCGCUGAUCUCAAACGAUCACCGGCGCGAACCGGUUCGUAGGAACCGAGGCAUCGCGCGGCAUCGAUGAUACUAACUCUUAGGACAGAAUAUUACUCGCGAAUUAUCACGAGAACGAGAACUGUUAUUGUUAUAACGAUGAAAUAAAACGUCGUACGACGAGCAGCAACG